AUGACGGGCCUCGCUUUUAUCCAAAUGGAGGCCCUCGAGGUUACCAUGGCGAGGAUCAAAGAGGCUACCAUGGCGACAGCCUUCAUUUUCCUAAUGAGCGCAGAGGUAUCCCACCUUCCCGGAGAAAGCAGUGGCCGUGCAGUACCCCCUCCCCCCAGCGUCAGGGCUCAGGGGAUGUACCCUGCACCCCGCUCCCUGUCUGCUGUGGUCCCAGAGGGGGGGGAUGACACCCUGAUGCAGGCCAUCCUAAACCUGGACAGAGGGUAUAAGGAAAGGCCCCUUGCCUCCCCUGAGAGCAGACGUCCCCCCUCCCCCCACAGCCGGUCCGGCUCCACCGUCAGUAGCAAGAGUUACUCUCCUGACAGAGCCAAGGGUCUCCCCCACCCCGCCCAGCAGAAAAACAAAGACAGGCCCCCUGGUCAUUCUCAGGACGGGUCACCUCAGAGCAUAGCGUCCACUAAGGAGGAGGCUCAUGUCCUAGAGUGGGAUCGUGAGGAGGGCCUGCCCCCCAUCGAUGAGACCCCCAAGACCCAGGAUGACUUCCAGGAGCGCCGAGCGCAGGCCAUCGGAGCCAAGGCCCGGGAAAUAGAGCAGGUGUACCGGCAGGACUGUGAGACGUUUGGCAUGGUAGUGAAGAUGCUGGUUGCUAAGGACGCCAAUCUGGAGAAGCAGCUGCAGACUCCACUCCGAGAGAACCUGGGAGAGAUCAGGGAGCGUUGCCUUGACGACCUCAAGCACUUCAUCACCGAUCUGGAUCAGGUGAUUGAGGUCGUACGGCAACCGGAACCCUCCGUCUGAGACAGACAGCCAAUCGCGUCCCAUCUUACUGUAAGGGAGCCAAUCAGGUCCAGUCUUUUUUGGGGGCCUCCGGCAUACAGUGAGGGCAGGACUCCCAGGGGUCUGCCAUGUGUUAAGACUGUGGAUAUCUUGAGCAGUAUUGGCCCCAUGUUUUCCCAUCUUUCUGGGUUUCAGACCAGACGUGCACCAGGUCACCCAUAUGUACUGAUAAUGUCCAGCAGUAAUUAGUCCAUGUUCUCAAAAACAGUGUUCAAAGUCCUGUUCAGCUACUUCCUCACCACCCGAUGAGGGUAUUGGUUCUACAAUGUCCUUAACAAGUAGAACUGGUAUGUCAAUUUAGGCUAAUAGUUCAUCUGGGAUUUACUGAUUUUAAAACUGUUGUUAACCAGUGUAACCAUAGGGACUGGUCAUCAGUGUUUUUUACUGAACUGGUAAUCUAAUGAUGAUGUGUGAAGUGUUAUAGGUCAGUAUCUACUGGUACCACAAACAAUGCUCUGCUACUACAGUACCAGUCAAAGGUUUGGACACACCUACUCAUUCAAGGGUUUUCUUUAUUUUUACAAUUUUCUACAUUGUAGAAUAAUAGUGAAGACAUCAACACUAUGAAAUAACACAUA